GUCGCCGUCUCGUGAUAUACGUCGACAGCCGUGCUCGCCGCUCAGAGCCAUGGCGAGAGGAUUGAAACAUCGCAGCAAACCCCGGCCGCCGACGUUCGUUUGGAAGCGGAACGAUAUCAACAUUCUUCUGGCGUGCCUGGACUAUUGCCUCCAGUACGAUCUUGACUUUGAGACCAUAGCAAUUGCCCACAUCGCCAAAAGAACGGGCAAACAAGUGACGGCACAGCUGAUUCAAAGGGCACUUAAGCAAGAAACUAGGCGGUAUGGCCGCGAAGGGCAAGGGACGGUUCAAGACCUUCUCUCCGAAGGGUCUAUUUUCCUCGAAGGCUACGAUGAUACCGAUCGUAAAAAUAUUCGCGAGCAGAUCGGCCGUAUUGAACCACCUCAACUUCGGUACCGGUUGAGAAGCACAUCUAUGGAAUCGCCAUCCCGAUCUCGCACGCUCUCUUUGAAUCGCCCUCAGCGUUUAGAGACAUCGGCUGUGACCAACCAUUCCCCGCCAGAGUUGGUAGGGCUAGACGUGUUGGUCAAUAAGGGCGAAAGGCAGACGGCAGCCCAUGGAUCGACUUCUCAGCGUGGCAACAGGGCACCAGGCCGGGAAAGGACAAGGACUGCGUCCCUACCAUCAAGAGUUAAGACGGAACAUGGUCAAGGUCAAUGCCAAGGUCAAUCUGCCGAAAUCCUCCCUCGCGUUUCGCCAACGUCGACCGCAGCAGCAGACAACGGAUCUCGGGUGGCAGAGCUUGUGCAGGAGCUGCAGAGGACUGCGAGGGAAAACAAGGAGCAGAAAGACUACAUUUUCACACUAUCCAACCGGCUGUCCGAAGCAGAAUAUGAAUGCGCCAAAGUACGAGAGAGCGCGAGGAAGGCGGCUGAAUAUUGCGACGACCUUGUUAUGCAGCGAGACCUCCGGUAUGAGAAUUCUGUACUCAAAGGCCAACUCGGGCAGAUGACUAGCCAACGGCAGACAAUCGACCUCGCUAGCACCGGCUCGCUUGGACCCUCCCCUCGGACCAUUUGGCAGGAAUUCGAGUGCAUCGCCACGGAUGUCAAAGAUGCAUGCUCAUCGGUGGACAUCACGAUCCCCCCCGCGUCCGCUGGCACCAGCGCCCAUAGGGGACAGGGAAGUAAGGAGCCAGAGUCCGAGUCCUGGAUGCGGCGCGCGGCCCAUUGCAGCCUCGAUCAAUACUUGUCGUCUUUGGCUAUGGAUACUAGCGUAUCCGAGUUCCAUAUUAUUAGAGCCCUUGUCGCAGCGGGGAUCAGCCAGUUGGUGUUCGAGUCGAAGUUCCCGGAUCUCGUCGCCAGGGAGUCGCCAAUGCUGGACCAAUAUAGGAAACAUAUAUUUGCCCGAGCUGGGCCACAGACGCUGGAACAGUUCGAAAUCCUAGCCUACAAGUCCGUCAUAUCCGAAGGAUACUUUGUAUCACACAUUCUCCAGACCAGCGCGAAGAGCCUCGCCAACAAGCUCUACAACGCCCUGGCACAUCUGAUCUCGCCCAACGACGACACGAUGAUCGGCGCCGAGCCGGAGGGCGGGAGCGUAUUCCCAGCCGAAGAAGCCCACUCGUCCAACAUUGAACGCCCCGUGGCCAGCCUCUUUACCGAGGCCUUCACCCGAGCUCUGACACUUAAACGGGAGCUAGCCCUACUAAAGACCAAGUAUAAGCUGGUCUUCUUUCGACCGGGCGACCUGUUCAACACCGACACCAUGAUUAGAGACGGGGACGGGGAUAGCGCUUUUGUCCCAAAACGGGCAUUGGGCAAGGAGGUAAGGAAGGAUUGGCCGAGGCCGCGUUAUAUGGAGAAGAACUCGAGGAUCAAGCUCUGUCUCUUCCCGGCGCUGUACUCGAGGCGGAAAGAGGAGCUGACGGCGGAGUUUGGGAUUGGGGUCGAUGUUCAGAACUGUUUGGUUGAUUGUGAUAGCUUCAUCGCCGACGACCAGGUCGAUGUGGGGGAUGGGUCCUUCUCUUUGGUUGCUAAAGGAGUUGUGUUGGUCUGAAAGGUUCAGAUACUGAAGCCAAGAAAAGGGUGCAUUACAAGCGACUAGACUGUAAGGCGUACGUAGUAGGUAACCGAGCUGGACCGUCAUCAGAUAUCCGAGGCCAGGGAGAACGUCUCAACGAACACGUCGCAAAAAAGGGGCUCCAGUUUCUUUUCCCGGCGGUGUGCUGCGAGGGGAAUUACCCUGCUGCCAGAUUCUGUACCGCUACACCUUGCUGUCAUUUAGUUGUCUACUAGUCUACCUAGGUACUAAUAAUUAAGAUAUCUCCUGGCUAAUUAAUACCUUCUCCCUCAAGACAACACCUUAACGCUGGGGGACAAGAUACCAACAAAGAAAAAGACAAAACACAAUCUCACACAAACAAACCCAUCACUCUCUCAAACUCGUCAUCACCACCCCUUACCAUCUUCCCCUUCUUUGCAGCCUUCCUAGCCUCUAUAUCCCGUCGC